AUGUCAGUGGUUUCUUUGCUUGGUGUAAGGGUGGUGAACAAUCCUGCUCCCUUCACCGCCCCCUACGAGUUCGAGAUCACAUUUGAGUGUCUUGAGCAGUUACAGAAAGAUCUGGAAUGGAAACUGACCUACGUCGGUUCCGCGACCUCGUCUGAGUAUGAUCAGGAGCUGGAUUCGCUAUUAGUUGGGCCAAUUCCAGUCGGUGUGAAUAAGUUUAUAUUCGAGGCCGAUCCUCCAGAUCUGAAGAGAAUUCCCACUUCUGAGAUUUUGGGAGUCACGGUCAUUCUUCUUACGUGUAGCUACGACGGGAGAGAAUUUGUCCGUGUUGGCUACUACGUGAACAAUGAAUAUGACACGGAAGAGCUGAACGCAGAACCACCAGCCAAACCAAUUAUUGAGAGAGUUGUCCGUAAUGUACUGGCAAAGAAACCUCGAGUGACGCGAUUCGCAAUCAAAUGGGAUUCUGAAGAUUCUGCGCCAGCAGAAUACCCUCCAGACCAACCCGAUGUAGACGCCUUGGACGAUGACGGCGCAACUUAUGGCGCUGAGGAGGUAGAGCUCCAGGCCGCGCUUGAGAAAGAACUUGAGGAGCUCGACAGAGAGGACGCAAACAACGACGGCAUGGAUAUUGAGGGCCCCGCCGCCGACGACGGUAAUGCCGAUGAUGACGACGAUGAGGCUGGUAGUGAAGAUCUGGAGGAAGAGAGCAGUGAAAGCGAAGACGACGGUGACGAAGAUGUGGAAAUGGGCGAUGGAGAUCCAGCCGACAGCAACCAAUCUGACUCCAAGGCUGCUGGACAGCAACAGCAGUCCGAAGUCAUGGUCCAUUAA